GCGCAAUUCACCGCUUGACCCGGGGAGAAGCAGCGUCGCCAUUUUGGUUCUGAAGGGGGGCCUGCUGUCACCACGUGAAGACGAGAAGCCCCAGACAGCGAAGUUCGGGGGGCUUUUACGAUACGGCAGACAAUCCGGCCAGAGGAUCGAGGAUUCAGAUUCAUGAUCAGAGCAAAGUCACGGUGACCAGUACUCAAGAAGAAGAAGAAGAAGCAUGCCCUCGGUAACUCUACCGCCGAAGGAGAACGCUCUCUUUAAGAGAAUAUUGAGAUGCUACGAACACAAGCAGUACAGAAAUGGGCUCAAGUUUUGCAAACAGAUCCUGUCCAACCAGAAGUUCGCCGAACAUGGAGAGACCCUUGCAAUGAAAGGACUGACUCUGAACUGCUUGGGCCGAAAGGAGGAGGCGUAUGACCUAGUGCGACGUGGCUUACGAAACGAUCUGAAGAGUCAUGUCUGUUGGCACGUUUAUGGUUUGCUUCAGCGCUCGGAUAAAAAGUAUGACGAGGCCAUCAAGUGCUACAGGAAUGCUCUUAAAUGGGACAAAGACAAUCUUCAAAUCCUCAGAGAUCUCUCACUGCUGCAGAUCCAAAUGAGGGACCUCGAAGGUUACAGGGAGACCAGGUACCAGUUACUGCAGUUGCGACCGGCUCAAAGAGCCUCCUGGAUCGGUUAUGCCAUCGCGUACCACCUUCUGGAAGAUUAUGAGAUGGCAGCUAAGAUCGUGGAGGAGUUCCGCAAAACACAACAGACGUCUCCAGAUAAAGUGGAUUACGAGUACAGUGAGCUGUUGCUUUAUCAGAAUCAGCUGUUGAGGGAGGCCGGGCUUAACAAAGAAGCCCUCGAUCACCUGACCAACUUUGAAAAACAGAUAUGUGACAAACUGGCUGUAGAGGAGACACGAGGAGAGCUGCUUCUCAAGUUAGAUCGGGCUGGUGAAGCUACGGAGGUCUACCACCGACUGCUGGAGAGAAACCCUGAGAACUGGAGCUACUAUCAAGGGCUAGAGAAAGCACUCAAACCAAAGAGUGUGGAGGAGAAGCAGAAAAUCUAUGAAGAUGCCUGGGUUAAGUAUCCUAAAGGCCUGGUGCCAAGAAGACUUCCUCUCAACUUCCUCACAGGUGAGAAGUUUAGAGAGUGUUUGGAUCGCUAUCUGAGGAUGAACUUCAGCAAAGGAUGCCCGCCUGUCUUUACCACACUGAAAUCACUCUGCCAUCAAAAAGACAAGGUAGCAAUAAUUGAGGAAUUAGUUGUGGGCUAUGAAAAAAGUUUGAGAACUUGUAAAAUGUUCAACCAAAAUGAUGAUGGGAAAACCGAGGCGCCCACUACUUUACUGUGGGUUCAGUAUUUCCUGGCCCAGCAUUUCAACCAUAUCGGCAAACAGACGCUUGCCUUCGAGUACAUCAACACAGCAAUCGAAAGCACCCCCACCCUCAUAGAGCUCUUCCUCAUCAAGGCGAAGAUAUAUAAGCAUGCGGGUAACAUCCGUGAAGCUGCUCGCUGGAUGGAUGAGGCCCAGGCUCUGGACACUGCUGACCGCUUCAUCAACUCCAAGUGUGCCAAGUAUUUGCUCAAGGCUGGACUUAUCAAAGAGGCUGAAGAGAUGUGUUCCAAGUUCACACGGGAAGGAACCUCUGCUGUAGAGAAUCUGAAUGAGAUGCAGUGCAUGUGGUUCCAGACGGAGUGUGCUCUGGCCUACAAGUCCUUGAACAAAUAUGGAGAGGCGCUGAAGAAGUGCCAUGAAAUUGAGAGGCAUUUUGUGGAGAUAACAGAUGACCAGUUCGACUUCCACACAUACUGUAUGCGGAAGAUGACGUUGCGUUCUUACGUCGAUUUGCUCAAUCUAGAGGACGUGUUGCGUAUGCACCCUUUUUACUUCAAGGCAGCACGUACAGCCAUCGAGAUCUACCUCAGCCUUCAUGAUAACCCGCUCUCCGAUGACAACAAGGAGUCGCAGGCCGACAAUGGGGAUCUUAUUUAUUUGAAUUUUAAUAGCUAUUUUUGCAUAAAAUAUUACCCACAUCUUACCUUUUUGUUGUAUGCAGCUGCUAAGAUGAUGGUUUUUCUGGACCCCUCCUCUGAGGGGAUGGCUGCCGAGCUGGCUACCUCCUUGAACGAGUCCCUAACAGGCAGAACCAUUAAGACGUGUACCGAGGUUCUCCAGGCGUUAAGGGACGGCAGUCUGGGCUCGCAGCAGGAGAAAAUUCUCGAAUCGUACCGUGCGUCUUGCCAUGGUAUCUAUCCCUAUGCUUUAGCCUUCAUGCCCCCCAGUUACCAGGACAACUCUGCGGUGACCACCAAUGGAGACCUGUCCCCCUGUGACCACGAGGACAUGCCCAAUGAGAUGUGAGCGUUUCAGGAAGGGAGCAGGGUGGCCGUUUUAUGGCGUCAGCAUUUUGAGACCAGAUGCUCCACUGAGGUUGAGACUCUACUGCACUAACGAGACCAUGGUUACCUUCUUUUCCACUCACGGAAGCAAGCGAGCAAUAGGGGAAAAACCUGUUUUACAAUAAUUUUUUUUUUCUCCUUUCUAUCUUGUUUUGCUUUUUAAAAAAAAAUAAAAAAUUUGCCAAUGGCGUCUCUUAUGCUAGAACAGAAUACAUGGUAUUAAAGAGAAAGAUUGAUCAAGAUGGUCACAGUGAACUCAUUGGGCCUAAUUCCUGUUUAUCUGACACAUGCAUCUUGCUUAACAUGUUUUUAAGAGUAAUUUAUAUAAGAUAAUAUUAAAAAGAACCGAAUAAUAUCAGGAGGAGCAAUACUUUUGGUCCUGGUUUGACUUGCGUGGUCGUGUGCCAAACCUGUGGGGCGGACCUUUAGAUGCAGAUGAUGGCACCUGUUGCGAGGGUACGUGGGAAGGGGGGUUUGGGGGUGUGGGGAGUGUGUGGCACUGAAUUAAUGUGGCUGGGCAGAAACUGUUCCAGGAUCAGCCACCAGGGGGAGCCAGCAGUGAAAACCCACCACGUCUGCUGGGAGGAGACACUGAUGUUCAGCCAAUAAGCUGAUAACAGUCGAUUAAAAGGUCACCUGGAGUGCCGAUGAGAGGCAGAUGUGCAUGUCUUUAUUUUAUUAUUUUUCUCUUUCAUUCUCUGCUGCCUUUCGGUUUUCCAGUGAAUGUCUUAGAGGCGGCAGUGGCAUCUGUUGGACCUGUAGGACUUUUACUGUGACAGUUUCUGUUGGGUUUGUUUGGCAUCUUUUAUUUUUUUCUCCCACUCAUUGUUUGGUGUCUCAUGUUGGUUUCAAACUUUCUGUUUAUGAUUUUUUCCCCCCAUAAUACAGGACUCCAUCAAACAUACCACUGUCUGAAUUCUGAGAACAUGUCCUGUCAUUUGACACUCACACAGUUACAAAUAAAACAAAAUAACAUGA